AUGGAAUGCCAGACUGAAGACGCCGAUCUGUGGACGUUGAACCAGGGGCCAACUGAAACCUUGCGAAGUUUCAUCGACCGUUUCAAAGCAGUGUUGUCAAAAGUUCGAGGACUAAGCGACAAAGACGUCAUCCAAGCCUUGAAGAAAUCGCUAUGGCACGAGCCAGACUACCGAAAGGAAAUUGCGUUGAACCGGCAUUUAACGAUCCAGGACGCAAUGCACCGUGCCACUGAGUUUACAGCAAACGAGGAAGAUGUUAAAAACUUCUUGACAAAAACUUCUUAA